AGUCAACUCUUCAUUUGGUUCUUCGUCUGAGAGGAGGCAUGCAGAUCUUUGUUAAAACACUUACUGGUAAAACCAUCACCCUUGAGGUGGAGCCCUCAGACACCAUUGAAAAUGUUAAAGCUAAAAUUCAAGACAAGGAGGGAAUCCCACCAGAUCAGCAACGUCUAAUCUUUGCUGGUAAACAACUUGAAGAUGGUCGUACCCUGUCAGACUACAAUAUCCAGAAAGAGUCUACUCUCCAUUUGGUGCUUCGUCUGAGAGGAGGCAUGCAGAUCUUUGUUAAAACACUGACUGGUAAAACCAUCACCCUUGAGGUCGAGCCCUCAGACACCAUUGAAAAUGUUAAAGCUAAAAUUCAAGACAAGGAGGGAAUCCCACCAGAUCAGCAACGUCUAAUCUUUGCUGGUAAACAACUUGAAGAUGGUCGCACCCUGUCAGACUACAACAUCCAGAAAGAGUCUACUCUCCAUUUGGUUCUUCGUCUGAGAGGAGGCAUGCAGAUCUUUGUUAAAACACUGACUGGUAAAACCAUCACCCUUGAGGUGGAGCCCUCAGACACCAUUGAAAAUGUUAAAGCUAAAAUUCAAGACAAGGAGGGAAUCCCACCAGAUCAGCAACGUCUAAUCUUUGCUGGUAAACAACUUGAAGAUGGUCGUACCCUGUCAGACUACAAUAUCCAGAAAGAGUCUACUCUCCAUUUGGUGCUUCGUCUGAGAGGAGGCAUGCAGAUCUUUGUUAAAACACUGACUGGUAAAACCAUCACCCUUGAGGUCGAGCCCUCAGACACCAUUGAAAAUGUUAAAGCUAAAAUUCAAGACAAGGAGGGAAUCCCACCAGAUCAGCAACGUCUAAUCUUUGCUGGUAAACAACUUGAAGAUGGUCGCACCCUAUCAGACUACAACAUCCAGAAAGAAUCUACUCUGCAUUUAGUAUUACGUCUUCGUGGUGGCAGCUAAAGGGCUAAGUUUAUCUAUAGGCCUUUUAGUUAGCUAUUUUUCAAACAUUCUCAUUGACCAUGGUUUUUUUUUUUUGAAAUAAUCGGUACUAUAUUUUUUGUGAAAUUCAGAUCAAUUUUUUAGAUUUCUAUCACUGACAAGAAAUUGUCCAUCUUUUUUAAAGAAAAAAGAAGAAAAAAAACCUUCAAAGUAAAUUUUAAUUUUUGCUUUUUACCACUAACCUUACUUCAAGUUUUUAAGUUUAAGCCUACUUUUUCUGUUGCAUUUCCUACUGGAAAUAAGAGCAAAAUAAAA